GAAAAAGGAAAGGUAUAGCUCUUAUAUAAAAGGGUUGUGGUAAGGGAUACUUUUCCAAGACCAACACACAUUCCCUCUCUUCCUUCAACUAGAAAAAAGAUAGAUAUAUCGGACAUUUAUUGAUCUGUGUAUGCAUAAAGGUAUAGUAUCAUUAUUAGAAAGAUGAACACAACAUCAUCAAAGAGCAAGAAGAAGCAAGACGAUCAGGUUGGUACAAGGUUUCUUGGGGUGAGAAGAAGGCCUUGGGGAAGAUACGCAGCUGAGAUUAGAGACCCAACUACGAAGGAGCGUCACUGGCUUGGCACUUUCGAUACGGCGGAAGAAGCUGCCUUGGCCUACGAUAGAGCUGCUCGGUCCAUGCGUGGCACACGUGCCAGAACCAACUUUGUUUACUCAGACAUGCCUCCUUCCUCAUCCGUCACCUCCAUUGUUUCUCCUGACGAUCCUCCUCCUCCUCCACCUCCUCCUGCUCCUCCUAGCAAUGAUCCUGUCGAUUACAUGAUGAUGUUUAACCAAUACUCAUCCACUGACUCGCCAAUGCUUCAGCCUCAUUGUGAUCAAGUGGACAGUUACAUGUUUGGUGGCUCUCAAUCUUCGAAUUCUUAUUGCUAUUCUAAUGACAGUAGUAAUGAGCUGCCUCCUCUCCCGAGCGACUUGUCGAAUUCGUGUUAUAGCCAACCACAGUGGACCUGGACCGGUGACGACUACUCGUCUGAGUACGUACAUAGUCCAAUGUUCAGCAGAAUGCCUCCGGUUUCUGACUCUUUCCCUCAAGGUUUCAACUACUUUGGCUCCUAAUUCUUUCUCAUCGUCCAUAUUUAAUACCUUCCUCAUUUGUACCUUUUCCUUCUUCUUCUUUUUUGGGUUUAUCUAUGUUUCGCCGUCCUUGAUCUCUGCCUAUGUGAUCAAAGUGACUGUUUGUCAUUAGUUUUUCAAUAACAAGUUAUCAUUUGUAUCUUGAUUAAUGAAAACAAGAAACUGCUCUUGUGUUACUUUCAAAUACAUAUUUAAUAUAUAUGGGCCUUGGACAUCAAAAGCCCAUUAUUCGAUGGGUUAUUAGUUGGCAUGACAUACUUUGUAUAGCCCAAACCUCUGUGUGUUUUUCUUAUGGUUGAACGAG